CUGCUUUCUCUCAAGUAACAAUAGUGCUUGAAAACACAGUCAUCGUGAACGAAAGACGAGAGUCAGUUCAAGGAUGCCACGGGAGCAGUGGCUGCAGGCUAAGACUCAGAUUCUGGUGUCACUGAAGCUGGUCAGCACAAUGAAAGCUGGCUGUGAUACCUCUGACCAGACUGCGUGCAGAGAAGCCAGUGCGACCCAAGAAGACUGCACCAAAAACUUUACACCAAUCAAAACGCCCGCUGCGAUCUCGCCCUCCAAACUGACCAAUCCUGUCAGGGUGUCUCGGACCCACCAGGACUUGCAUAAGGAGCUGCUCCUUGCGCACAAGAAAGGGCUGUGUGUGACGAGCAAGUCUGAGCUGCAGCUGGUGCUGGAGAGGAGAAAGAGGGAGCAGACCCAGAGAGAGGAGGGGGAGCAGGGCAGGAGCCCCUUGGAGAAGGAGAUGCUGAGGAGGCAACAGAGACACCAGCAGCUGGAGAGCGUACAAGCCAAGGGGGGCACGGAGAACCACUACGAGUUUGUGGUGGUGAAGGAGAACUUGAGAAAGACCAGCAAAAGAGAGCAGGGUCCCUCUGCCCCAGCAUUGUGACACUCAGACAGGGGAGGAGAUAUCGCCUACAGGCAGGGCUCGGGGCAAACUCCAGCAUCCCAUAAACUUUGAUUUUUUUCAAAGUGUUUUU